AUGAUUAAUUCACACUCCUCCUUCCAGGGCAUGGCUUUUUCAUUAACUGAACGCCAAUACCUCGGAAUCCAUGGUCUACUACCACCGGCCUUUAUGACCCAAGAACAGCAAGCUUAUCGUGUAAUGAGUAGAAUUCGACAGGAGCCAGAUAACUUACAAAAGUACAUAAUCCUGGAUGAACUUCAAUGCCGCACUGAGAAGCUUUUCUACCGCGUUUUGUGUGAAAAUGUCAAAGAACUAAUGCCAAUUGUGUAUACUCCUACAGUCGGUUUGGCUUGCCAAAAGUUCGGGUUCAUUUACCGUCAUCCAAAAGGUCUUUACAUUACCAUCAAUGACAACAGUAUCAGUAAAAUUUAUCAAAUUUUGUCCAACUGGCCAGUAUCGAAUGUACAG